UGCCAUACACGGAGCGGACUUCUCCCAGCGCAUGCGCCUUACAGUUCUACCUGUCAGUCUGCAGAUCGGAGCAGUAAGAUGGAUACAGGGGAGAGUCAUGCCCAUCGGCCUGUCACAUUGGACAUCACAGUGGAAGAUGUAGGCACGGAGACCUCAGCUCCAGCCCCUACUGAGCAAACCACAAGCCACACCCCUUCCAGAAACAACGUCCUUCCCCAGGAGGACAGCAUUGACCUGGGCGGGGAGUUUGCCACCCCACAGGAAGACAGCAGCACCACACCCUCAGAGAGCCUGAUGGACAAGCUCAACGACCAGAUGAUGGAAAGUGUCAUGAUUUCGGACUCACCCAAUAACAGUGAAGAGGAUGAUGUAGCUCCCAUUGACUCCUUUCUGGAUGGACCUGAGAGCGAGAAUGCAGGAGAGACUUCAGGAGACCAAGAGGAGCAAAGUGAAAUUGGACAUAGUACAACUGAGAUUAAAGUUUCAGUGGAGAAACAGGAGGAAGAAGGCAUGGAGGAAAGCAUAGAGGAAGACAAGAAGGAGCUGACAGAUACACAAAAGGAAAUCACAGCCUUUGUUUCACCUCAAGGUGACACACAGAGUCCAUCUGAUAGUCAGAGUGAGGAGGCGGUAUCUGAGUUAGCCAAAGUGAAUACCCCCAAAGAUGAGCCUGUGCCGGUGUGCACUAUAUUCAGCCAGGGCACACAGCCGAAGUCUCUGGUUCCUGAUGGCUUCCAGCCCACCCUCAUCAAGUCUCCCAGCUUUAGCAUGGGCAGUGGUGGUGGAAGUGAUGGGGCUGUGACCCCCAGCAAGCUGACAGCCCCCCUGGUGUGCCAGCCCAGCCCUAGCCUCAGUAAGUUCUUCACUGAUAAUGGACAAGCUAAUCCAGCCUCCGACUUCUUUGACUCCUUCACUGCUCCCUCCUCCUUCAUUUCUGUGUCCAACCCUAAUGCAGAUAUUCCCCCUGGCACCAGCCCUGCACCCAUAGCCCCCACACCUGAGCGCCAGUUGUCUUCUACCUCCUCCUCCAUCUCCACCCCUGGUGGACCCUUGGACUCUGGUGCUCCCACCCCUAGCUCAGUGUUUGGCUCUGCCCCUGCUGAACCAACCACAAAGCCCCAGCCUCUUCCAUCUCAGACGGUCCCAGCUCCAACUCAAACUCCUGCCUCAGCUCCAGCCACUCAGCCACAGCCUUUCAACCAGCUCCAGGCUGUUUUUUCAGGCAGUGAUGAUCCCUUUGCCACGGCACUGAGCCUGAGUGAGGUGGACAGACGCCAUGAUGCCUGGCUGCCGUGUGAGGAGACCAGGAAGGUGUUGGUCUCUGUUGCCACCCAGCAGUACAGCCCAGCCUAUGCAGAGACCAACAGACUCACUAUGCCUGGCCUCAAGUUUGACAACCUGCAGGGUGAUGCUGUGAAAGACCUAAUGCUUCGUUUCCUGGGAGAGCAGGCAGCCACCAAGCGUCAGGUCCUCACCGCCAACUCUGUGGAGCCGUCCUUCAAUGGCCUCAGGCAGCUCAUCAGCAGUAAGAACUGGCGGGCUGCAGUGGAUCUGACAGGCCGGCUGCUGACAGCUCAUGGUCAGGGAUACGGCAAAGCCAGCCAGCCAACCUCCCACACCACAGACUCGCUGCAGCUCUGGCUUGUGCGGCUGGCCCUCCUCACCAAGCUGAACCUUUUCCAAAAUGCUGAGCUGGAGUUUGAACCCUUCGGCAACCUGGAUCAACCAGACCUCUACUAUGAGUUCUACCCGACUGUUUACCCUGGAAGGAGAGGCUCCAUGGUGCCGUUCUCCAUGCGGCUGCUGCAUGCCGAGCUUCCCCAGUACCUGGCCAAACCCCAGGAGGCUCUGGACCGCCUGCACAACCUCAAAACCGUCUGCCUGGCUAUUCUGGAGAACUUGGAGAAAGGUUUGGCUGAGGAUGGCAGCAUGAUCACCUUAACACAGGAGAACAGGCAAGCGUCUCUGAAGCUGUGGAGGUCUCGUCUCAGCCGGGUCAUGUACUCCAUGGCCAACUGCCUGCUGCUGAUGAAGGACUACGUUCUGGCUGUGGAGACCUAUCACUCCAUCAUCCAGUAUGAACCCCAGCAGUGUGUGCAGCUGCUCAGUGGUAUCGGACGCAUCUUCUUGCAGAUCGGAGAUGUUAAAACGGCAGAGAGAUACUUUCAGGAUGUGGAGAAAGCCUGCCAGAUGAAAGGCAGCCAGCUCAGCCACACCACAUGCGUGUUAAUGAACAGGGCUUUUGUCUACCUCAGUCAGAACAACUACACCGAAGCACAUGCAUCCUUCAUUGAAGUGUUAAAAAUUGACCCAAAAAACCCUGUUGCCAAUAACAAUGCAGCGGUGUGCCUGCUGUACCUGGGGCGGCUGAAGGAGUCCCUGGGCCAGCUGGAGGGCCUGGUGCAGCAGGACCCUGCGCUCUACCUCCAUGAGAGCGUGCUCUUCAACCUGACCACUAUGUAUGAGCUGGAGUCGUCUCGCAGCACCCAGAAGAAGCAGGCCCUGCUGGAGGCCGUGGCCUGCCGGGAGGGAGACAGCUUCAACACCCAGUGCCUCAAACUGGUGUAGAGGCAGGAGAACUGGGAUGGAGACACACUACACCUGUCCUCCUGGGAGACGCAGAAUUAAAGUAGAAUGUACAGGAGGGAGGAAAGCUCCGCAUCCUGUCAGAGCGUGGUGAUGGGAUGUUUGGUUUCCCAAAUGUAAGUUGAUACUAGAUGUCUGAGAGCUGGUUUUAUUGUUAAUAAUCCAGCAUGGGUACACAUUUCUGAGAAGCCCAGCAACAAAAUCAGCUCACAUAUACUGGUAGACUGGACCAGUAAAAACCCUGUAUGUACACCAGUUUUAUUUUACAGUGUAACACAAGAGUCUGGCAUUUUGGGGAAAUGUGUUUAUUUCCUGAGGACUGAAAUCCCUCUAACUCCUACAUAUGAAGCUACAGCAGCUGGUAGAACCUGUCAAUGAACACAUUAUAACCUCUUAAAUCAGAAGUGUAGAGUUACAGGUUACAUACUCGAGUAUUUCUUGACCAGACCCGCUGAUUGUUGCUAAGCAACAAGUGAGAAUCGAUGAAGUCACUGAACCAGGACAAGAAACGGGAGAUCGAGGUCCUGCUAAGACCUGUAGAAUGAGGUUCAUGUGAUUGAGGUUAUUCAUAGAGAACUAAUCACCACCACAGCAGCAGCGUUGCCGUGUUUCCUACCAGCUGUGUGAGCUAUUAUUACAAACAGUGUUUUAUGCUGUUAUUGGUCAUUACAUUUUAAGUUUUUGUUCCAAUACAUUGUGAUUUGAUAUCUCCACCACUAGACUGUAAACACAGGUGGUGAAAGUCUUUUACUGGAUAACUGAAGCACAUAUAUGAUCGAAAAGUCUUUGAUAGUGAAAGUGCAAUACAAAAAAUUUGGUGGGAUCUGAUUGGCAAUGAAUUAUGAUUCCGUUUUUUCGUAAAGGUCAUACAUCUUGGAGGUAGGAUACCUCGAUACUUCAGUCUGCUUCACUCGUGAGCCCUGUUGUAUUAGAAAAAUUGGAUUGCAUUUGAAUCACAGUUAAAACUAAAUAGAAGGGUAUGAUGAUUGUAGCAGGUUAACAAGCUUUAGUAUGUUUCCUACUUUAUUUUUUAUAGUUUUACUGGUUUCUCAGGGACAACUGAGAGCAACAAGCACUUCUUUACUAACUUAGCCAGCAAGGUAACUGUAAACUAGCCCAUUGACACCUCCAGCUGUCCAUCACACAACCAUAGACGUCCCUAAAGAAACAGCCUAACCCUACCCUGUAAUACACACAGUCCUUAGUGUCGGUCAGCUGCUUUCUCUUGUUGUUAGCAUUGAUGCUAAGCUAAGCUACACGGCUGCUGCCUACAGCUUCAUGUUUAGCAGACAGAGAAGAAGGAAAUUGAGAUCCUCAACUUGGUAAGAACACAAAUAAACACAUUCCCCAAAUAUUCUUUUACACUUGUGAUAUUUUAGCAAAGAAAUCCCAGUCAACACCACUACAGAGGAACCAUCAGAUGAUCCUUUAUGAGGAGUAAAAACAAACGGUCACACUACAGUCUGUCAGGUUUUUAGGGAACUGCUGGCUCGUAAUGUGACCCCCGAGAUGGGCAUUAUCCUGAGCCGCACUGUUUAAAGACUAAUAAACUCCACAGCAGCCCUUUUUAAAGCUCCUUCCUCACCUGUAACGGUGCAUUAACAGACCACUUUCACUCAUUAACUAGUGAAACUAACGAAGCCCAUCAGAUUGCAUCGUCCACUAAACAGAAAUGUAAAGUAGAAAUCCAGAACUGUACAUAUCAAAGAGGUGGAUUUUUUUUCUUUUGAAAUGAUUAUAUCAAGAUAACUGUCUUUUAUUGAUUUGUCUUCCACUGUUUACAUAUUGUGCUGAUCAUAUUUAUGUACAUUAAAAUAAAUUUUGUUUUAUUCUAAAUAAAACUGUACUUUUAAAUCAACCUGAUUAAAUGCAAAGAUGAUAAACACA